AUGAAUGUGAAUUUUCUGUCAGAUUUAGGGUACUAUAAAUUUCGUUAUGGUAACCCCGUUACCCGAAGAUCCCGGGCCGUGGCGGGGUUAGUCCCGCGCCGAGCGCCGCACGGGCCGGCCGUGUUAGUCAAUUGGCCGCAUGAGCGCGCCGUGCUAGCGCAGCGGGCGCGGGUGUGGUAUGCCCGCGCGCUCGCCAUGGCCCCCAUUCUGGCGGCCUUGGCGCUUCUCGCCCUUUUACCCGAUCGGGGCAUUUCCGCGCAACAGGCGUUCGCCGCGCCCGCGUUUGUUUAUCAAUCGAUGAGGUGUUGUGAGUGUGUCCCUUCCCCCAGGAUAGUCUGUGGUACGGUAAGGUCUACUGGGCCCGAUAUUGGGCCGACUGGAGCGUGA